AGGAGUCGCGGAGUAACAACAGUUUUACCUGGCCCGGGAUUAGGAAUUGCAUCUUCUGGCGCCGGAAAAUAUAUCUUGAACAUCGGAGCAGGAGCAUUUUUCGGACGAGUUGGAAAAAAAUCAUGUCGAAAAUCCGGAGAGUGUAAAAAAUUCGAUGUGCACCGGCGCGCAAGCAGAACCGAUUUUCAUUUAAUGGCCUCGUGGUCGACGAGAGCUUGUCGUGUGAGAUGAGAUCGUCGAGAUCUUGGUCCGGUACUCCUCAUGUAUGAUUUCGUCGUCUUCCUCCAUCUGUUACGUUGAAAACGAACACAACUUAAAUUUUCUCGUCUACUAUGUCAUUCUAUUUCUACAGUCAGUACGACCGAAGUGUAUAAGUGUUGCAUUCGCUGUUUUUAGAUAAAAGUUUUACUGGGAGAGCUCGAGGAGCCUUCGGCAAGCAAUAAUGGUGCGCUCCUUUGCGAAACGGCAGCUGUCCUUUGGUCAAGGGCUACACGACGAUCGUCAGUCCUUCAGCAGGUCUUCACGAGGACGACCCCGGUACAGGUUGUCUCUCCCUGCACUUCAUUCGUAUUUCCUGCUUCUACUCCUCGGGAACUACACCAAUUAUGAAGCAUUUGCCCUGGACGUGAACGUCAAUGAAGUCCAGUCGAUCGACGCGGCAAGCAGACUGGAACCCUGUGACAAAAAUUUUCCCGGACUUAUCCUGUGCAAAAGUAUCGUACUCGUAUUGCAAUCAUGCAUUACAAAUCUUGUUCUUAAGGUAAAUCAGCAUUACAAAUUUUAUCUGUCAUGCUGAGGAAAUUUGUAAUGCAUUUAUACGAGUGCGAUACUUUUGCAAUGCAUAGGACUAGAGCCGGCACGAAUGCCACUGUACCACUGGUGCUUUACGGAAAGUUCAAUGAUAUGGAAGCGUCAGGAUUGAAAUCGUCAGAGAUGAAAUAGUUUGUCAUGCAUAAAAUGCAACGCAAAAACUCUCUGUAUUGCAGAGGACGCAAGAAGGGAGGCAGAUUGUAAGCCUGUUGAGGUGUAGAAAUAGAGCUGCUAAAGUAGCAUGAAAAAAGGCGUCGCCCUUACCCAAACAGCAUGGCAAACUGGAUUUAGGUUCUACCCAAAUUUGUCAUGCGGCACUUGGAAACUAGGUUUCAAUUGGCAUCCAUUUUAUGCAUCACAAACUAUUUCCACUCUGACGAUUUCAGUCCUGACGCUUCCAUAUAUGAUCCCGAAGUGGUAUUUCGGGAGCAUCGCGGACAACAACAGCACCGUGCCCGACGGAGCGAACUGGAACAAGGAUGAGUAUUUGUUUUUGUUUCCUGAUACGGAAGAGGCAGUUCGCUUUUCGUUAAGAUUUAAGUAUUUCAUUUACCGGUAUAAUUUCAAGUUACCUGCAUCGAAUUCGAAACGACCUAUUCUCGUGACAGCAACUACAUGAUCUUCAGGCAGCUACAACGGAAAUAAACGGUCUCUCUAUCUUCAAUUCCACAAUUAGAGUAAUUGCUAUGCACCACGACAGGCUCGCAGAAGCGGAACAAACCUGCAUGCUGAAGGAAUGGACCCUGUAUUCUCUACUCACCUUGAUUCUCCUCGGCAUUGUCACUACCUCUUGCAACAUCGUCCUUUUUGUUUACCGCCCGAGCCGCAGUACCGCCGCACCAAAGCUCUCCGCGGGGAAGGGCCCGGUCGUCGGGCACACGGACUCGGAGGAAGAUACUGACGCAGUUUUGGAGGACGACCCGAUGGAAGACGGACCGCCCAAGGGAGUUGCGAAAAAGAAAGCUGAUGCAUCAACUUCGAAUGCAGGAGUUGCCGGUACUAGUACAGGAGGUGGGGACAAUUCUAAACGGGAAAACUACGGGACGGACGGCCGGUUAGUGGAUCGUAGUCAAGGGACGCUACAGUACGAAGAAGAGGAGGACGAGUAUGAGCAGGACGUCGCAGGAGAAGAAGAAAUUGCGCCAGAUGAAGAACCCGCCGACGAGGAUGCAGAAGAUGACGCGGAAUUAUACGAUGACCAGGAAGGUGGGCCGCCAGACUACGAACCAGAUGAGGCCGGCGCGGAAGAACAAGAAGAAAAUUAUGCCGAAACUGCGAAAGCAGAAGCACCAUCCACGUCCGCGAAAAAGAAAUAGAUCGACAAAUCUAAAGAAGAAAAAGGAUUCAAAAUCUUGGAAAAGGACACUACUACAAGCACUUUAAUUCGCAUCAGCAUGCUGGCGCGUAAUACUUAGCCGAAGUUAAGACAAGCGAAUGGAGAAGCCACACCUGGUGGAUUUGUUGUAUGAUGGUUUCGAAGAAGAUAAACAUAAAGGUCCAAAAGCAGCGUAGCGAUAGCAACUAAAUAUCUUACACAGAACUCGAAAGCAGCAGCAGAAGCAGCACAAGCGGCGGCAUGUGUACUGAUG